AGGGGAGCGCGGCGGCCAGGGUGGCAGUGGCAGCGUUCCUGGGCUCGGGUGUGAAUCGCCGAGGGAGGAGGCGGUGGAGGAAGAGGUGGCGGCGGUGGCGGUGGUCGUAGCGGUGGCGGAGGAGGCGGGUACGAAUCAGCUGCGGGCGGAGACAUGGCCAACAUCGCGGUGCAGCGAAUCAAGCGGGAGUUCAAGGAGGUGCUGAAGAGCGAGGAGACGAGCAAAAAUCAAAUUAAAGUAGAUCUUGUAGAUGAGAAUUUUACAGAAUUAAGAGGAGAAAUAGCAGGACCUCCAGACACACCAUAUGAAGGAGGAAGAUAUCAACUAGAGAUAAAAAUACCAGAAACAUAUCCAUUUAAUCCCCCUAAGGUCCGGUUUAUCACUAAAAUAUGGCAUCCUAAUAUUAGUUCCGUCACAGGGGCUAUUUGUUUGGAUAUCUUGAAAGAUCAAUGGGCAGCGGCAAUGACUCUCCGCACGGUAUUAUUGUCAUUGCAAGCACUGUUGGCAGCUGCAGAGCCAGACGAUCCACAAGAUGCGGUAGUAGCAAAUCAGUACAAACAAAAUCCAGAAAUGUUCAAACAGACAGCUCGACUUUGGGCACAUGUGUAUGCUGGAGCACCGGUUUCUAGUCCAGAAUACACCAAGAAAAUAGAAAACCUAUGUGCUAUGGGCUUUGAUAGGAAUGCUGUAAUAGUGGCCUUGUCUUCAAAAUCAUGGGAUGUAGAGACUGCAACAGAAUUGCUUCUGAGUAACUGAGGCAUAGAGAGAGAGCUGCUGAUAUUAGUCAAGCUUGCCCCUUCUUGAGGAGCAUCAACAUCUGUUAUUUUUAGGAUUCUGCAUAGAUUUCUUUUAAACUGGCAUUCUUGCCUAAUGAUGUUAUCUAGGCACCAUUGGAGACUGAAAAAAAUCCUUGCUCUGUAAAUAAAGCUAAUUAAACGUCUGUGUAAAUUUAAAAAGGGGAAAUACUUUAAUUUUUUUCUUACUUAAUAGUGUAAAAAUUCUUUGAGCUAAGCUAAAACCAUGGAAAAAACAUGCUACUUUAGUGUUUAGCAGUGUACCAAGACUAGCGAGAGUUUGCUUCAGGAUUUCGUUGAAUAAUUAAGAUAAUAUUUUGAGUGUGUCAGGGCCAUUUAAAUUGUUGGUGUUGCAUCACAGCUACCUUAACUGUUUUUAACAUGGAUCCUCUGUGCCUGUGAAUUUACUUGCAUGCUUGUACUUGACUUCUUAGGAUGGGUAGCUGAAAAGACCACCAUUUUAAGCAUUUUGAGAAUUCUUAAAUAUGAGGUUUAUCCAGAAUUGAAGAUGGUGACCUAUUCAGAGCCUUUUUGUCCUUGUCAGCAGACUGGGACACCAUAUCUGUUUUUCCCCUCUUGCCACACAAAGCUAAUACUCUAAUAGUAAACUUCUCUGUAUUGGUGGGGAAAUGUGCUAAGGGGCAGUAUCCCUUGCUACAGUUUUAGGUCAUCCAUUCGGAAUGUUUUGUCACAGUUCUUCACUCUGAACACUUUCCUAUGUAAGCAAGUAAUAAUGUAGAAGUGGAGCUGCCAAUUUUGUUUCUCUUACAAAAACAGUCAAUACUUGAUGUUGCAGUAUUCCUAAGAUUUAAUGAAAGAACCCAACUUCAUAUUUCAGUGAAUUUGACAUCUUUCUAUUUUCAAGCUGAUGAAAUUUUUCUUUGAGAACUUGCAAGGAUGAAAUCAACUAUUUGCAAUUUUUUAGCCUAAUUUUUGCUUUAUGGAGAUUGCUUUAUCAAAUACUUUAAAAGUCACUCUUGCUUACAUUUCCCCCUAUUAAUACAUGAAAGCUGUGUUGGCGUUUUACUGUACAUACUUCAAAUGCACAUAGGAAUAGAAGUGUGUUAUAAAUCUAGCUUUCUUUAUGAUGUUUCUGAUAAAUAUAAGAAUUGAAAACUUUACCUUCUCUUGUACAUAGUCAGACUUUCUAUUUGUAUUAAAGUUACAUUUCAUUCUAA